AGGGUUAAAAUAAAGGUUAACUUUAACACACCUAGCGAGGUGGAUUAACUCACUAAUCGAGGGAAAACUUUCCCCAAACAAAACAAAAUGGCCGACUUAUUACUUGGCGGAUUAGGCUUAAUGCCGGCCCCAAGAAGGAAAGAAAGGACAUUUAGGCUACCAGACGACUUUUCCCUGUCCAAUUUUACUGAUGAAGAAUUGAGUAGUCGAUAUCGUUUUGGCCGAGAGUCCAUAGAAUUUUUAUCUGAGCUCCUUUGCGACGAUCUUGAAAGAGAUACAUCCCGAAACUAUGCUUUGUCGACAACUGUGCAAGUCCUUGUAGCGUUGCGCUUUUUCGCCUCCGGAAGCUUUCUUCAAGUUAUUGGAGAUACUCUGGGCCUGUCAAAGUCAUCCGUGUCCCGUAUAAUCGGUCAAGUUUCGCUUGCCUCACAGAAACAAAGAAACUUCAUCAAGUGGCCAUCGACCGAAGAGGAGAUACUUCAAAAUAAACGCGGUUUUUUUACCAAGGGGGGAUUUCCUGGGGUGAUUGGCUGUGUUGACGGCACUCACAUCAAGAUUCAGGCACCACAUGAAAACGAAAACGAUUUUGUCAAUCGUAAAGGGUUCCAUUCCAUAAAUGUGCAAGCAAUUUGCAAUCACAAAGGCAUGUUUACCAACAUUGUAGCACGAUGGCCAGGCAGCACCCAUGACAGCUUCAUAUUUAGGGAUUCAAGAAUUGGCCAACAACUUAAUAUCCAACACACCAGUCCCUGGAAGAUGGUUUACUGUUGGGUGACAGUGGUUACCCUUGCAAGCCGUACCUGA